AUGGCUGAUACUACACCUGACAAUCACAACAACAAGAAGGAUCAUAACGAUAAAGUAACCGCUUUAUCUCAAAGCGCUAGAUCAGGUCUUCAGUUCCCUGUAGGUCGUAUUCAUCGUUAUUUAAAGGCAAAGGGCAACAGCAAUGCACGCGUUGGUGCAAAGGCUGCUGUCUACACUGCUGCUAUUCUUGAAUACCUUACAGCUGAAGUGCUUGAAUUAGCUGGUAAUGCUACCAAGGAUCUCAAAGUAAAGCGUAUUACACCCAGACAUUUGCAAUUGGCUAUUCGUGGUGAUGAAGAACUUGACGCGCUCAUCAAGGCUACUAUCGCUGGUGGUGGUGUUCUUCCUCAUAUCCACAAGUCCCUUAUUGGAAACACAAAGAUUGGAAAGAAGAUCUAA